AUGACUUCGACGAAUGGAACAAACGGUACUCACGGAAACGCAAAACAGGUCCCUUUUCGCGAUCCAGCUGCCUACUCACAGUAUGAGAAGCAGUGGAGCAGUGCCCCUGCAGACGAAGCUGCCUGGCUCAAACGCGCCCAAGAAGUAGCUGAUGUUCUCGCUGUUGAUGCUGUCGUGAGGGACCAAGAGAACAAGUCCCCACGAGCCGAAAUCGCUUUGCUGAAGCAUGCUGGCCUACUGAAGAUCCUUGGCCCGAAGAAGUAUGGAGGUGGUGAGCAGCCAUGGAGUGUUGGAUACAAGGCAAUUCGUAAGGUUGCAGAAGCAGAUGGCUCGAUUGGCAUGCUCCUUGGCUAUCACUUGCUGUGGAGUACGACGGCGAAUGUGGUCGGGACUGAAGAGCAAGCGGAUCGCUACCAGAAGCUGAUCAUAGGGAACAACUACUUCAUCGGUGGUGCAGUGAACCCACGGGACAAUGACCUCAAGAUCACCGCCGAGGAUGACAAGCUUGUGUUUAACGGCUUCAAGCAUUUCAACACUGGUGGUGUCAUCUCAGAUUUGACUGUCCUCGAAGGCGACUUUGAUGGAACUGGCGACCACAUCUUCGCUUUUGUCUUCACCGACCAGCCGGGAAUCCAGUUCUCUCAUGACUGGAACAACAUCGGACUGCGGCUGACCGAGUCCGGGAGCGUAAAGAUCGAGAACGUAUCAGUGCCCUGGUCAGAUGCGCUAGGUUGGGAUGCCGAACAGAAGAAGCCCGAUCCGAAGGUGUUGCAGAUACCAUUUGCAUCCCUUCUGCUGCCUACGAUCCAGCUUGUCUUCAGCAACUUCUACCUUGGAAUCGCGCUUGGGGCGCAGCAAUUUGCAUCGAACUACACCGUCAAGGGUACACGAGCAUGGCCGUAUGGUGGAGAUAACAAGGAGCGUGCGAUAGACGAAUUCUACAUCCUCGAGCGGUAUGGCAACUUCCACGCUCACCUGCGCGCCGCUGUCGCACUCGCAAACAGCGCAGGGGAGCAGGCCAACAAGAUCUACGCCAGCUACUCUGGCCAUCUCGAGACUCGAGCGAAGCUCACCGCACGCGAGCGAGGUGAGCUGGCCGAGUGGGUUGCAAGCGCCAAGGUCGUCACGACAGACACUGGUCUAAGAGUUACUGCGGGUGUUUUCGAGGUUACAGGUGCUAAGGCGACGAGCCAGAAAGUCGGUCUUGAUCGGUUCUGGAGGGACAUCCGCACGCAUACUCUGCAUGACCCUGUGGCGUACAAGAACCGCGAGUUGGGGAGGUUUCAACUGCUGGAUGAGAUACCAGAGGUGACGUGGUACACUUGA